AUAUGAAUCAAUCGUGUUUUUGAGGUUGAAUUAAUUGCAAGUGGAAAAUGUGUCGUUUAACUUAUCUGAUUUGCUGGUCACUAGCGUUUUUCGCAUGUUCCGUUUUGGGAUAUCGAAUCAAGCUUUUGAAAUCGCCGCGAUCAACCGUUGGUGAAGUGCCCCAUUGGGAUGCAAAGACUCGUAGUUUAUACUAUGUGGAUAUAGCCGGCUACAAUUCGUCAAUUCUACGUUACAAUUAUGAUGAGAAUCGAGUUUAUGUGGCAACCAUCGACGAUGCUCCAAAUCUACUAUUUAUUUUACCAAUUAAUUGUGCCAAAAACUAUUUCCUGGUUGGAAUUGGUUUGAAAGCGGUGAUCGUCUACUGGGAUGGUCGAUCAGCAAAAGCUAAGAGAUGCUGGACACUUUUCGAAAUCAAAGAAAAUGCAACAAAUGUAAUUAACGAUAUAAAAACUGAUGAACGCGGUCGAUUUUAUGGAGGCACUAAAAGUGUUGAUCCUUGUGGUGGUAUGCCAACUGGCGGAUUCUAUAAAUAUAACAAACUAAAAGGCUUGCACAAAUUCUUUGGCAAUGUUUCCAUAUCGAAUGGAUUGACAUGGGUGCGACAGACGAACAAAUUCUAUUAUGCAGAUUCAUGCACUUACGACAUCAAGGAAUUUGAUUAUAAUCCAGAAAAUGGCGACUUGACGAAUGGACGACAAAUCUAUUCACUCAUUCAAAAUGGCUUUACACCAGACUAUAUUUUCGAUGGAAUGACCAACGAUCGUGACGGUAACUUAUAUCUAGCCACAUUCGGUGGAAGUAAAAUUGUCAAAUUCAAUCCAAGGUAUCCAAUUGAAUCUCCUAUCAUUUGUUUCUAA